UCAAUCUUCCUCCUUCUCCCUCUAUAGUCAACACACUGUCUGAAAAGAACUAAAAGGCUUUUUCUUUUGUAUAAAAAUUUCUGUUUCAAAGUCUGUCUUCUUAAAUUACACAUUGAAACCCCAGAAACCCUAACCCUAGCCCCAUCAUCAUCUUCAUCUUCUUCUUCUCCAUCCACAGCUUUUCUGUAAAGAAAUUUUAGAUUUUGCCAACAAAAAAUAAAGAAAAAAAAACUGAACUUGUACAAAAUGUUUGUACAAAGCUGUUUCCUUUCUAAUCAAUCAUAAUGCAAUCCAAAACCCAAAUCUUAACCUCAGAUCCAUCUCUGGCCCUUCUCUUGAUCAAUCAAAAUGCAAUCCAGAACCCAAACUCUAGCUCCAGCUCUAACCCUCUUCCCAACCCUCAAACCCCCUCACAAAACCCUAGCUUUCCACCAAACCCUAGUCCUAAUCCUCACAUUCUUCGCCUACGCUUCCUUCCACGCCUCUCGGAAGCCCCCGAGCAUCGUCAAGAGCGUGCUCGGGCCCGAAAUUCAAUCAAAUUCGACCCGAAUCGGAAACGAAUCGGGUUGGGCCCCGUUCGAUGGGCCGCAGGGUACCCACCGUCUCGGCGAGCUCGACCUCGCAUUCCUCUCGUCGUAUUCGAUCGGAAUGUACUUCGCCGGUCACCUCGGUGAUCGGAUCGAUCUGAGGCUGUUCCUUGUAUUUGGGAUGAUGGGCAGUGGUGCUUUUACGAUAGUUUUAGGUUUAGGGUAUUGGUUUAAUGUGCAUUGGUUAGGGUUCUUUGUGGGGGUUCAGGCUGUGUGUGGGCUCUUUCAGUCAAUUGGGUGGCCUUGUGUGGUGGCAGUUGUGGGGAAUUGGUUUGGGAAGGACAAGAGGGGAUUGAUAAUGGGGGUAUGGAACUCGCAUACCUCGGUCGGGAAUGUUAUCGGGUCUGUCAUAGCAUCCGGGGUGUUGGAAUUCGGGUGGGGUUGGUCCUUUUUGGUGCCUGGUGUUUUGGUGAUUGUGGUUGGGAUGGUGGUGUUUAUGUUUCUUGUUGUGAGUCCUGAGGACUUGGGGUUGGGGUUGGGGUUGGAGUCUCCUGCAAUGGAGAUUGAGAUGAAUGUGGAUUCAGAGAAAGUGGAGUCGGAGGAGGCGGGGCUACUCGAGAGGGAGAGGCCAGAUACUUUGGAUGCCAUUGGAUUCUUGGAGGCAUGGAGGCUGCCGGGUGUGGCGCCAUUUGCUUUCUGCCUCUUCUUCUCAAAGCUGGUGGCUUACACUUUUCUGUAUUGGCUGCCCUUCUACAUAAGGCACACGGCUGUUGCUGGUGUGCAUCUGUCGCAUAAAGCUUCUGGGAUCCUCUCAACAAUUUUCGACAUUGGAGGAGUCUUUGGUGGAAUUUUGGCAGGAUACAUAUCUGAUAUGAUUGGUGCCCGUGCGGUUACUUCAAUUCUGUUCUUGUUACUAUCAAUUCCAGCCCUUGUUUUCUACAGGGUAUAUGGGAGCCUCUCUAUGUUUGCCAACAUUGGAUUGAUGUUUCUUUCUGGAUUGCUUGUAAAUGGACCCUACUCUCUUAUUACAACAGCUGUUGCAGCUGAUCUUGGUACCCAGAGUUCUGUCAGAGGAAAUUCCCGUGCAUUAGCCACUGUUACUGCUAUUAUAGAUGGUACUGGCUCUGUUGGGGCAGCUCUUGGUCCACUAUUGGCUGGGUAUAUUUCCACUAGAGGAUGGAACAGUGUCUUUUUUAUGCUUAUUCUUGCUACUUUCUGUGCUAGUUUAUUCUUGAUUCAUGUGGCAAGAACAGAGAUUAAAGAGAAACUGAAAGACAGAAAAUGGUCUUGGGACAGCAUCAGCUCAAAUUGAUGGAGAAUUUCCUCCAGGCAUCACUCGUGUCUUUUUUGUAUCUUAUUAGGAAAAACUGUAUCUCACAUGUCACAUAGGAAGCAAAACAUUAUACAGAAGUUACUCGAGUCACUAUACAUUUAUGUACGUCUUUUAUCUCAUUCUUUAUUCAUCAAUAGUCUUUACACAUGUACAAGAGCUACAUAUUGAGAUAAGAAUUUUGGUUUUUUUUGUUAAUUUU